AUGGUGCCGGUGCGCGCGCGGCCCAUGCCCGCUGUGCGCCCACUGUCGGCAUUCGCCGUCGCCCUGACCGUGUAUGGUGUGUGGGACUACUUCGCCGCCUUCCGCGUGUGGCCCAAGGAGUUGCGAGAGCCGCUGCGCGCCGGACUCAAGGCGCGCAACAAGGGCCAGUGGGAGUAUAGUGCGGCCAAGUUCCGCGAGGCCCUGCGUAUCGCCCACACUCUCGACGAUGCAACGAUCGGCAGCGACCGCCUGCUCAAGACGACGGGCAUUGCCAUCGCGCUCGCAAGCGUGCUCGAGGAGGACGAAAAGUGGCAGGACGCCGCCCUCGUGUAUGUCGAUGCCCUGGACGAGGUCCUGCAGCGCAGCGAGUCGCGCUCGCCACCCGAGAAGAUGCGCGGCGUCGCGCUCGCCCAAAAGGUAGGCGAGCUCGCGCAGCGCAGCGAUGUGCUGGUCCCGCCAUGCCCGGUCGCCGACAGCGACGCGUGCCAGACGAGCGAGCCCGCCGAAGGGUACCUGGCAUGGAGCGUCGAGGAGAUGCUGCGCCUCGUGCAGGCGCCGCGCAGCGAGGGCCCCGUGCUCCUCGCGGACCUGGACCUGCCCGCGUGGGUCUCCGCACAGGACCUCGGCGCGAGCGUCGAGGCGCUGGGCGCGUUCUAUGCGAGCCACCAGCAGGCCGACCUGGCGGUGCCGCUGUACCUGCAGGCCAUCGCCACGCUGCUGCCGCCCCAGGCGCAAGGGCGGCCGCCGCCGACCGUCGCCGACCGGUGCCGCGCGGCGAUCCUCAUGAACAACAUCAGCCAGGCCCUCACGCAGACGCGCACAGACACCGAGACGCUGCUCAAGGCCAUGGCAUGGGCGACCAAGGGCCUCGACCUCGCGACCCUCACAUCGUACCGCGCCGGCUUCCUCACGGCGCUGCCGCCCGACGAGCGUGCGCUGCUCCUGCAGAUCAGCGGCCACGACCCGCACUCCGUGGCGCCCGUGGCGCCGGUCGUCGAGACGGCCUCCGAGGCGCGCCUCGAGCAGGUGAAGCAGCAGUGCCUCGGCACGCAGUUUGUGCUGCUCUACAACCUCGGCAUGUUCUACUCAAUGCACAACGACAAAGAGACGGCGCGCAUCCUUUUCCAGCGCGCGAUGCGCCAGGCAGAGUUCCUGCAGCUGCGCGAGGCGCGCACGCAGUGUGCGCGGGCGCUCAAGCGUCUGGAGCGCGCGUAG